UCAUAAUGAUGCGUAGGAGGCGCAGUGUUGAACCUUAUUGAUGGAUGUUCCAGCAGACAGCAGUCUCACAUUGACCGUGAAGACUCCAGAACCCGAGGAUGCAAAUGUAGUGGAGAACACAGGAAUAUGUGAGCAGAGUGGUGAUCUGAGGCUGCAUGGACUCGUUGAUGCUGCUCUUCCUGCAUCCUCGUCUCCUCCUGUUGCAGAGACUUUAAAGAGGGCCUUCUCAACGCACCACGGGCCCAAACCUACAUCACCAGCUCUCCCUCUGCCCCUUGGCACUGACCCUUCCCUAGGCCUGACUGUGGCCCCCUACCCCUCUGCCCAUGAGGCUACAGCUAUAGCCCCUCACCUUCACAGCACUCCCACUCCCACUCCCACCACACUUCCCACCCCAGCUGUAACCUCUUGGGGCCCAACGGGAGACACCCACAGGACAACCCUUCCUCUGCCCAUUGCCCUCCCUCUGUCAGCCACCAUGAUGGAGCCCGGCACUGUUUCUUCCCUAACAGAAGAGUGUCUGCUUCAGCCUAGCCGCACUUGCCUUGGCUGCUUCAUCGAGACUCGCGAUGCUACUGACCCUAGCUCCAUCCAUGACCCCACCCAUGACCCCAACACCAAUCCCGACCCGGAGCCUGGGUUGAGUGUGAGGAUAGGGGAUGUGGGCCGAGAGGACUUCUCUGACAUCAGCAACAUCAGUAUCCAGUGCCUGAGCCAUGCUGGGGAGGCAGUGAGUCACUAUGGAGAACAGCUCCUUUCUGACCAGCUUCUUAACUUCCCCCUGCCUAAAGCCCCAGGUGAGGGCAAGAGGGUUGAUGGGGACAAAACAACAGAGGACUGUGAUGACCCAGACGAUGAUGCAACAGCUAAGAACCUGUAUGAAGGGCUUUUGUUGGACAGGGUAAGUGGGGAAGAGGUUCUGUUGGCUAAUGCCAGUCAGGACUGGGGCUACUUUGAGUCCUUCAUCAGCGAGAGCAAGAUGGAGCUGUUGGACCUUUGUUCUAAGAAUGAAUUGUCAGUUAGCCUAUUCUCGGAGGAGGAUGUAGACAACCUGUUCGAUGAUGAAGAUGAUGAUUCUACUUUGAGCAGCGAUGUUUGCUCCCUGAAGAUUCGUUAUGAGUCCUUCCAGGACAACAUGAGGGAAAAGACCAAUGUAUUGCAGGAGGAGACCCAGUUCAACUUUUUCCCCAGUGUCCUGUCCAGUUGUGCCAAGAAAGAGGAGGGAGGAGGAGGAGUGCCAAGGAGGAUGGCAGAAGAGCUCCAACCCAAAUCUGAUGAGCUCAUCCUGGGAACAGGACAGGAAGGAAGAGCUGGGGACUGCAGUGGUGGAAGCCCUCUUGAUGGCUCCCAGGGUUCACCCAUUUCCACUCCUAAAGUCAACUACCUAAUGGACUUUAACUCUACUGAGGAAUCAGGUGAAUACAGUGAUGACAGUUCAUGCACAGGCUCCUCUUCAGACACCUUGCAGGAGGGAAAGCUGAAGAAGAGCCACUCCAGGAGGUUCCUCUGCCCCUCCAACCCUCUUAACUAUGGCUUGCGCUCCAAGAGAAAGGUCCGGUACAGUGAUGACUACCUAUAUGAUGUUGACUCCAUUGAGAGUGAGAGAAAUGCAGAGAAAAAAGAGAAAGCUCCCAUUGGUCAGAAAGAGGAGGAAGAUGUAGACUGGUGCCCCAAGAAACGCCGGAAAUCUUGCCGUAAGGAACCACCCGUGGUCAUUAAGUACAUCAUCAUCAACAGGUUCAAAGGAGAAAGACACAUGUCAGUUAAACUGGGGAGGUUGGACCCUUUGGAUGCUACUGUAAGCUUAAACGCCAACGCAAUGAGAAAAUACGAGACACUGGCUCCUCUGAAAGAUUUCUGGCAGGAGAGGCAAAGAGAGAGAAAGGAGCAGCUUAAGCUGGCUGCCAGAGAUAAACGACAACAUGGUUUUCAUCUAAAUGGACGGCAUCAUCGCCCCUUUAAUUCAAGUCAUCCCAAAAGGAAAUACAAGAUUGCAAACAGGCUUAAGAUACAGAGGAUUCACACUGUGGAGCAAUCAGUAACAGCACAGGGCUCCUCUGUCUCUGAUCAGGGCCAAGGAGGUGUCACUAAAGAGGAAGCCACCUCCACGAUCGGAGUGGGAAUUAUAACAGCCCCAGGCCUCCCGGUCACAUUAGACUCAAACUCCAUCACACACACAGCCACAGCCAAGAGCCGCUCCCAAGAGAGGGAGGAAAGGGAGGGGAGGAGAAUGGGAGGAAAUAAAACAGUCAGGAUAAGGAAAUUCAAAAGUGAAGCCAGGCUGAGGAGCAAGAAAAUAAAAGAAGCAGAGGAAAAGGAAGAGAGGAGUGUGACAAAUGAAACGGAUGCUAGUGUGGCUAUGGCUCAGAUUGAGGACCCCACCGCUGGGUUAGGAGAGACAGGCAUUAACUCAGCAACAGUCAGCCCCCAUUUCUCUGACAAUGUCACCACAGCUAACACAUCUAAGGAGAAAUUCCCCUUUAUUUCCUCCGCCUGCUCCUCUGACAAAGCUCCCUCUUCAGAAGAGGUAGAGGCAGGGGUCUCUGUCAUCCCUGGGGGCUACCUGCAGACCCUGUUAGAUGCCACCGACUCCUCUGGUGGAGCAGCUAUCUCUUAUUUCCCCCAGCAGCCCUCUCGGCAGCAGUAUCCUUUGGGGCUCUCUAUAGAGGAGAAACAGUUUUCCUCUCUGCAGCUUGCUCAGAGCUGCGUCCUCUCUCCUCCCUCAGAGUCUGAGCUCCAACAAUCUCCCCAGAAUUGCCCCAGUUUCCCUCAGAUGUGGCACCCCCAGCUCUGCCCUAGUCAUACUCAGAGCUUUGGGCCCGAGACCCCUGAGACUCCCAUCUUGCCCAACAACUUUCCCACUGCCUUGCCCCUGAAUGACAGCCUGCCAGUGUCUAGCUACAGCCAGCUGAGCUCUGAGGCUGACAGGUUGCUUUAUGAAAAGAGUUACCUGGCUGAGACAGGGCUGCAGCCCGGGGCAGAUCUGCAAGCGUGUCAGUCUGCCUGUGUGGAGGGCCAGGUGCAAUACCAGAGAGGGUCCCUGUGCACAGACAAUGGCAGGCUCAUCAGCUAUGACUCAGUGGGUUCUCUGUCAGCUUCCUCCAGCAAUUACAGCUCCCUCAGCCUCAAGUCUUGUGAGCGGGAGGGUGAGGAGGAGGCCCAAGACAGCUUCCUAGCUCACUGCAGUCCUAAAGUGGUGAUUCAGCAGAGUGUGGACUCCCUUACCCCACUCAGGGAGUCCUCAGACCUGCUGGAUAUCUCUAACUUCACCCCAGACAAGUUCAGGCACUCAUCACUGUCAGAGCUCUCUCCACCUGAGACCCCCAAUCUGUCCCCUCAGGUGGUUGGGCGUGAGAUGAAGAUUGUAGGGAAAGUUGGAGAAUAUCAGGAGGUGAUUGAUAUGACUCUGGACAGCAGUAGAGAGGUGAAGUGGAACUGUGAUGUUAUGCAGCAUCAGGAGCACAUAGCAGGCACAUACACAAUGGAAGAUAGCCAGUUUACCCUGCACAACUUUAACGGUGAGGAAGGCUUGAGUUUAGAUAAAAAGGAGUUGAUUGAUACAGACUUUGAUGACCAGAGCGGUGAGAAUAUAAAUGGUGGGAAAAGCACAAAGUCAAAGAGGAAAGACAGUUACAAACAGACAGCUGCAGGACAGGGUCCAAAGAAAGUCCGGGCCCCAAGAGCUCCCAAGACCGAAAAGGUCAAGGCUCCCAAACAGAACUCCCGCUCCACCAAAAAAAUAAAGGCAAUGUUAGAGGGGAAAGCAGCAAAGAACCAGACAGGUGGUUGUGGUGCAAGCCUGACUGACAGUAGUAGCACUGGGGACUGGUCUGGCACAGGCUGGUCAGAGAGUAACAGUCUGGUAGGGGACGACCAGAGAGAAUUCGAGGAACCUUCCAACAUUUUAUCCAAUAUUGUCUCUGGCAUGGCUGAAGUCCAGAGAUUCAUGAUGGCCUCCAUAGAGCCACUGUGGGACCCUAUGUCUGAGGCCUGCAUCCCCCCUGAGGCCAAUAGCCUCAACCUAAAGACACUCAAAAUCUUGGCAGGCACAGAGGCUGACCUGAAGAAAAAGGGAGGUGUUUUAACAGGGGCUGGGAGAGGAAGGAAGGCCGGGGUAAAGGGAGGCAAAAGCCAGGCCAAAUUCAACCCAUCUCAUCCCUUAUUCCCUCAACUAGCUCUGGGCUGUAACAUGUUUGAUAAACCCAACUUUAUUAACCCUGGGCCUGCACACAAAAAGCUGUACCGCCACAAGACCAGUGCAAAGUUCCCUCGGAUUGAGACAAUGAAGGGGAAGCGAGCUGAGAGAGACCCUAAUAAGGACAUAUCACUGAUGGCCUCUUUUGAGAAGCUGAGGUAA